AUGGACGUUUCAAAAGCAUAUACAUACACCACGCAACAGUGUGCACAAGAAAACACAGGCUAUACCUACUCUUCCAGUUCCAGCUAUUCCUCAACAGCGCUGGACUUUGAGAGAGCGCACAGGAUCACUCCCGUCUUUGACACCCCCAGGAUGUCCCGACGCAGCCUGCGUCUGAACACUACCGGCGGUCACUAUGGCGACAGCAGCCUGCUGGACUCUUCGCUCAAUCAUACUAUAUCCUACAGUGCUAGGGGGUCAGGCCCCGGAGAGAGCAGGACACUGAAGAGCAGGAGGUCUCAUUACUCGGCAUCUGGGUCAGCCUCAGUGCUCCAGACGCCGCAUAAGAACCAGUCAGCGUCUGCCUCAGUGCUGCAGGCUCAGAACAGCAGCCUCCAUAGCUGCGCAGCCAGCGACGCCUCGCUGCUCUCAUCACUGCUUGAUGAGUCUUGCAUUCAGGAGCGCACGCUUGUCGACAGCUUCUGGGGUUUAGAUGAAGAUGUUGAUCACAAAGACCAAAGCAAAGUGCUGGCUAAUGGUGACAUCACCACGGCCCAGACUCAGACCUCUAUGGUGAACAGCUACGCCUGUAAAGAGUGUAACCUCCACACAGACAGGAAAGAUGAGCCAAUGAUGUAUUCCUCCACCUCCAAGUUCUCCUCUUCCUCCUCAUCCAACCAGUGGUGUUCCACAGGCGAUGGAACCUCGAUCGCAGCAGGCUCUCCACCCACGACAGUCUACCAGAGAGAGAAGAGUAGGAGGCAGAAGACUGGUGUCAUUACAGCACUUUCUGCAGUCUGCUCGCGUUACCGCAGGGCACUGUCAGCUUCCAUACUAUACGUGUAUACGCUGUUUGCCCAGAGCGUUCUACCAAGGAUACGUAAAGAGGGUAAAGGUGUGCUGGGGUCAGCGUGGAGUAGCUGUGUACAAGCCUCGGAGGUGGUGGCUGAAUCCACAGUCUCAGCUCUGAGGCUGAUUGGGCAGUGUGCUGUGCUCUGGAGAGCCAGUAAUACUAGUGCUGAUGGAGCUCAUUCAAGUUUUUGUGGAAGCGUGAAUGUGAAAGGGCAGCUGAUGCAAGAGGAUCACAUGGAUCUGAAUGGCGCUUUGUGGUUUGGUUUGUUGAGGUUGGGACAGGGUGUUCUCUCAGCAGGCUGGAUGGUCACACAGAAGACUCUUUCUGCUGUCUGGUCGGUCGCAUUGUUUUCAGGGAAAGCAGUGUCAGGAGCAUUCUGGUGGCUUGGAACGGCAUGGUACCAGCUGGUCAGCUUUAUGUGUCUUCUGAAUGUUCAUGUUUUGGCACGGUACUUUGGUAAACUACUUAAGUUUCUGUUGUGUCUGCUGCCUUUCAUCCUGCCGCUCGCUCUAUGGUAUAGCGGGCCACGCUGUUUGUUGGCCUUCUUCCUUGGUGCCAACAAUACCGAAUGGCAAACAGACUCUAUCCCGAGCUACGCACACGCACCUGUGGGCGACGCCCAGAGGGCACAGCCGCCCAUGGCCCCAGCACUCUCUCACACAUGGGAACAGGGUUCUGCGCCGUUAUCUGAGGUGGACUCUGAAAGGAUGGAGAGGCUGGAGCAGAGACUGGUGGAGCUGUGGGAGCGGGUGGCUGGGGCAGGGGCCAGGCAGGAGCAGCAGCACGCUGAGGUGCUUGGCCUCUACGGCUCCCUGCGCGAGGAGUUUGAUAGGAAAACAGACAAGAGCAGUAUGGAGCCGUGGUUGAACGGCCUGCUGGAGGACGGGUUCGGCAUGCUGAAGGCGCAGCUGGACAGAGAAGCAGAACGCACGCUGCGGCAACAGGACCACUAUGCAGAGCAGCAACGCACUCAAGGGUCUCGGCUUUCUGAGAUGGAAACCCUACUGCAGACCUUGGCUCUCCAAACUGAGGAGAUACAGAAAAGACAAGAGGUCGCUGAAACUGUCACUCCUGUUACUCUCAGGAGUGAAGGGGACGGCAGCUCUCAUGCAGCUCUCCUGGCUGAGGUUCAGAGACUGGAAGAGGCUCUGAGCAGCAUCAGAGCGGAGCUGCAGGGCCUGAUGCCAUGCCACGGAAGGUGUGCACAUCUGGACUCUCUUCAUGAAACAGUGUCUUUGCAGGUGAGACAGGAGCUGCGUACUCUGUUUUUUGGUGGAGAGGAGGCAGAGUUUGCCGAGCUCCCAGACUCCCUGCUCCAGUGGCUGUCCACGCAGUUUAUCCGUGGCUCUGACCUGCAGGCUUUGCUCGGUGCACUUGAGCAGAGCAUUCUGGCGAACAUCUCCCUUGAGACUGCGCAAUCCCAGCAGCCCCCCUCUGCAGACGCCGUCACUCAGACUGUCCUGCAAACCAUCAACGAAGCUGGAUUAUCAGAGGAGCAUGUGCAAAAGAUUGUAGAAAACGCUCUGCGACUUUACUCGCAAGACCGUAUUGGCCUUGUGGACUAUGCUCUGGAGUCUGGAGGUGGCAGCAUUUUGAGCACACGUUGCUCAGAGACGUACGAGACUAAGACUGCACUGAUGAGUCUUUUUGGUCUCCCACUCUGGUAUUUCUCCCAGUCUCCGCGGGUUGUCAUACAGCCAGACGUUCAUCCUGGGAACUGCUGGGCCUUCAAGGGUUCCCAUGGUUACCUUGUGAUCCGCCUGUCAAUGAAGAUCUUGCCCACAGCGUUUUCUCUAGAGCACAUCCCCAAAGCCCUGUCUCCAACCGGCAAUAUCAGCAGUGCGCCGCAGAACUUCACCGUCUAUGGUCUGGACGAUGAGCAGCAGGAAGAGGGGCAGCUUCUCGGCCAUUACACUUACAAGGAGGACGGGGAUCCUCUACAGACGUACCCUGUCACGGAGAAGAACACCAAAGCUUUUCACGUCAUUGAACUGCAAGUACUAAGCAACUGGGGCCACCCAGAAUACACCUGCUUAUACCGCUUCCGGGUCCACGGACAACCUUUGCCCCAUUGA